CUGCUGCCACCGCAUUGCUACAAAGUUUACAGUAUAGCAACAAUUGAAUGCUAGCAGCGGAGUUUCGAAGUUAAUACACUGUAGCAGUGCUAGAGAGAAUUCUUGUUACAUUUCAGUUCGUCUUCAUGGUAACAUAAACCGGAGUUUGUGUUCUGGAGACGAUAAAAAGUCAGUGACCCGCAUGGAAACACAGAGCCCAGCUUCCCUUCUGCUGUAGGGGAUUUUUGUGUAGUACUGGUCGAUGCGAAAGAUAGUUGUUGAUUUGCUAACACGAGCACGAGAGUUGCUCCAGCGUUACAUGUGGGGCAUGUGCGCUUUGUUGUUUUAGUUUAUAUACAUUACAGCUUAACACAGUUUCAGCAAGGUCUAUAUUUCCUUACUUUAAAGUGCAUCUGGUUGAAGUUUAACCAACCAAUAGUUUAGGUUUUAGUGUGGAAACUGCUUUUCAGGUAAGCUAAUUACGGACUAGUUUUCCGGUUUUGGUGAAACUCAACCAAUUACCACGUUGAGUUCAACGCAGUAGGCCUAUGCCCAUUAGACGUUUUGCUGGUCACAAGUCUUUGUUCCCUUACUCUCAAACCCCCAAGCUUUCGUACGGCUAUAGAAAAUGAAUGUUUCAAGAAGUGGGUACCGUGUCUUUUCUGCUAACUCCUCCACCGCCUGCAUCGAGCUGGCCAAGAAGAUCACCGAACGAUUGGGUGUAGAGUUGGGCAAGUCAGUGGUUUAUCAAGGGUCAAACUCGGAGACCAAAGUGGAAGUACAAGAGUCUGUACGUGGACAAGACAUCUUUAUCAUUCAGACCAUUCCCAGGGAUGUCAACACGGCCAUCAUGGAGCUGCUGGUUAUGGCCUACGCUCUGAAGACUAACUGUGCCAAGAACAUCAUCGGGGUCAUUCCCUACUUUCCCUACAGCAAGCAGUGCAAGAUGAGGAAGAGGGGGUCCAUCGUCUGCAAGCUGCUAGCAUCCAUGUUAGCUAAAGCUGGUCUAACCCACAUCAUCACCAUGGACCUCCACCAGAAAGAGAUCCAGGGUUUCUUCAGCUUCCCCGUUGACAACCUGAGAGCUUCCCCCUUCCUCAUCCAGUACAUCCAGGAGGAGAUCCCAGACUACAGGAAUGCCGUAAUUGUUGCAAGGUCCCCUUCAUCUGCCAAGAGAGCUCAGUCCUACGCCGAGAGGCUGCGCCUGGGCCUGGCAGUGAUGCACGGAGAAGCCCACCACUCAGAGUUGGACAUGCCUGACGGACGGCAAUCUCCGCCGCCCAUGUCUCGCACCACCCCGGGACACACCGGCCUCGAGCUGCCAUCUGGCGGAGAGAGGAGACGUCAAUCUUCAUAUCCUGGCUUAGAGCUCCCAAUAAUGAUGGCGAAGGAGAAGCCCCCCAUCACUGUUGUUGGAGACGUGGGAGGCAGAAUUGCCAUCAUUGUUGAUGACAUCAUCGAUGAUGUGGAGGACUUUGUUGCCACAGCAGAAAUCCUCAAGGAGAGGGGAGCCUACAAGAUCUACAUCAUGGCGACACACGGCCUGCUGUCUGCUGACGCACCCAGACUCCUGGAGGACUCCGCCAUCGAUGAGGUGGUGGUGACCAACACCGUGCCUCACGAGGUGCAGAAGCUUCAGUGUCCAAAAAUCAAGACUGUGGACGUCAGUAUGAUCCUGGCUGAGGCCAUCCGCCGCACCCACAACGGAGAGUCCAUGGCUUAUCUGUUCCGCAACAUCGCUGUGGAUGACUGAGGCAACACACACACACUUGCAUUUACAUUCCAGCACACACACACACAGAUGACCAAGAUUAAUGCGUUUUUUCUUUAACCUGUUGUUCUUGUUUGUUUUACGGAUAAAAUGUUGGCAGAAACUGACUGUAUUCACUGCGUUAGACAAGUCAAACUCUACUCUGAUAAGAUACAUAAUGGGACUGUACACGCAAUGCAAACUGUUUCACUUCACUAACACACGCUUCCCACCAUCUGAAAACAUAUAUAGCACAACGUAAUGUAUCACGUGCAUCCUCUCAGUCAGCUGAAGAAUUUGGCAAAUAAAACUAUUAUUCUUGGGCGAAUGACCUUUUUCUCUUUUUUUA